AGGAAGAAUUAGUCGUUCCAGAAAGAGUUUAGCCAAUAAUCGCUUGCUUGAAGCAGAUGAUAGUUCAUAUUCCUCCAGUGUUCAGAGAAACAGCACUGCAAACCCAGCUUGUAGAAAGUCCACUGUAGUAAAAGAAAUGGAAAAAAUGAAAAACAGAAGAGAAGAAAAAGCCCAGAACACAGAAACAAGAGUGAAACGUGCUCAGGAAUGUGAUAUGACCAGUCCAAACUGGGAAUUCGCUAACAUGAUUAAAGAAUUCAGGUCUACGCUGGAAUGUCAUCCUUUAUGUUUGUCAGACCCAAUAGAAGAGCACAGGAUAUGUGUGUGUGUUAGAAAACGACCUCUCAAUAAGCAGGAAAUAAUGAAGAAAGACAUUGAUGUGGUCACUGUCCCUAAUAAAGGUAUCAUGUUUGUACACGAGCCAAAGCUCAAAGUGGACCUUACAAAGUACCUGGAGAACCAAACUUUCAGAUUUGACUAUGCUUUUGAUGAAACUGCAACUAAUGAAAUGGUAUACAGGUUUACAGCAAGGCCUCUUGUGCAAACUACCUUUGAUAAGGGAAUGGCCACCUGCUUUGCCUAUGGACAGACAGGAAGUGGCAAAACACAUACAAUGGGUGGUGACUUUUCAGGAAAAAAACAAAAUUCUUCCAUGGGUGUAUAUGCCUUUGCUGCUCGAGAUGUUUUUCUGCUUCUGAGCCAACCCAAGUAUCAACACCUUGGUUUACAAGUAUACGUUACAUUUUUUGAGAUUUACAAUGGAAAGGUUUAUGAUUUAUUGAAUAAAAAAUCAAGACUACGGGUGCUAGAAGAUGGGAAGCAGCAAGUUCAGGUUGUUGGUCUGCAGGAGAGAAGUGUGUCUUCUGCUGAAGAUGUUGUCAGAGUGAUUGAAAUGGGUAGUGCUUGCAGAACACAAGGUCAGACAUUUGCAAAUACCAGCUCCUCUCGCUCUCAUGCCUGUUUCCAAAUAAUUCUUCGAAAAGAUAAGAAGCUCCAUGGCAAAUUCUCUCUAGUUGAUCUGGCAGGUAAUGAACGUGGCAUUGACACUUCGACUACUGAUAAACAAACCAUAAUGGAAGGAGCAGAGAUCAACAAGAGUCUACUUGCUUUAAAGGAGUGUAUCCGUGCUCUGGGACAAAACAAGUCACAUACCCCUUUUAGGGAGAGCAAGUUAACACAAGUGCUGAGAGACUCUUUUAUUGGUGAGAAUUCUAGGACCUGCAUGGUAAGUACAGAAAAGUAUAAUUCAGGCUAUUUUGCUUCUGUGUAUUGCUUUAAAUGCCAAGAAAUAAUUCAUUGA